AUGCCUUCCAGCUCCACCAAAAUAACUGCAGCAUGCAACUUUGGCCAUGGCACAAAAUGGAUCUCGGAGGAAACAUCGACAAGCUUCUCCCAUUUUACGUACUGCAAAUUCGCAAACACCGCGCAGUGGCAUUACACUACUGUCCACGCUCUCCCCAUUAUUUCCCCCUUUCCACAGAGUAUCGCACUGCUCAAAAAGAAAGCUGUCUCGAGCUCUGACAACGGACACGGAGGCCACGGCGACUUUGACGACCGGUCAUUUCGGGGCUCAGAAAAUAGAAACAGACCGACCGUCGUUCCUGGUCGCCUACCUAUCCCAGGUACCCGCCGGGCCCGUCCAACGCGAGAUACCUGUCAACACCGACUGAAUCAAUCUACAAACACUCAGCUGCCGCUAUCCCACCUCCUGACACCCAUUACCUACCUAGGUACUACGUACACUAAGAGGGCAACACAAAAACAAGCUUUCAUCAUCAUCCAUCCCACGCCCAGCUCCCCUUUCCCCCUUCCAAGACGCCUUGACGCCCCCCCGGGGCCUGCACGGAUGGUGACUCCCGGCCAAUACCCGGCGUUCCCUCCGGCACGAGGUCUUGGGAUCUUGGGGUUUGUUUCCAAGACAUUCCCCUAUCUAAUCAACACUACUCCAUACCUUAUGGAUAGGUACAACACACAUAAUGAGGCCUUCACCGCAAUACCGCCCCGGCCCCCAGGUACGGAUACCCUAAUGAUCAAUCUGGACGGAGCAAGGCAUAUCGCGCAAUCGCCAGAUAUCGCAGCCCAUGGCAGCCAUCGUGGCACACCCGCAGCCCGCAGCCCGACAGCCCCGUCCCACGUUCCUAUCCACCGCCCUUCCAUGACCUUUCCUAAAUCGUUACCGACGGCCAACGACUUGCAAUCACCCUUCCGUCAUCAUUCUCCAACUUACGUCAAGAUUCCCAAGAACCAUACUGCGUACUCAACUUCCGGAUACCUUUGCCCAGACAACACACCAUGCCAUCAAGCGUGCCUCGGCACCAUCACAUCGCAAAUCCUCCAACGAGAAGCCAAAGGCACCUCCCGCCCCCCCGUCCUCCCCCGCCCCCGCCCGCUGAUUUGUUCCCGCUCAUCACUCACCAUCCCGCAGAACCGAGCAGCGCUAAGUCCCCUUUCCUCCCCCAUACCAUCCCUCACCGCCUCCGAAUCCGAGGCUUCGACAGUGAUAGCGACACGUUCGCGUGCCGGCAUCUCCUUCAGCCACUUGCUACCAAUACCAGGACUUGAACUUUUAACCUUACCCCCAGACUCUGAUGCUCUCGCGCGUCUAUUGUGGCGUUGCAGCAUCGCACGCAAUCGCAUCUUAUCAUAUCGACCACGCGAACUACCCGUACCUACUCCCGUUCCGUGCUGUGGAGUACCGUACCUUAUCGCAAUCUUCUGGGGUGUCAUAGUGUCACAGCCCAUGGAUCCGAGAUCUCGCCCCGGCAUGGACGUUCUUCGCUCUGUCUUCUCUCCUCGGGACUCGGGGGGCAAUUUCGUGACCGCGCGGCAAACUAGCCUGUGUGACGUCUUGCUGCUCAUCAUGCCCGGCCGGUGUCGAUGCAGGCGACCAGUUGGCUUUCCUCAAGCCACAUCACAAUAA